AUGACGGAGCCUGACACCAAGGAUAGGUUUGAGGAGCUGCAGAGGUUAAUGGAAAGGUCCAAGGAAAGAAUGGAGAAGCUCCUAUCAAUGAAUUGGACAGUUACCAACCAUUUUGUGCAAAGGUUGGAGUCAUUGGAAGCCCUCGUCAGGAGCAACAGUCAGUCUGAGGAGACUACCAAUGAGGAGUCAUUCAAACCCAACCCAGCACCCAGACCACACAGGAUGGGGUCAUUCCUAGGUCAAAACACGCAAUCAUAUUCAAACUACAAGAAGUAUGCGACCCCUACCGGGCUGAGGUACAGUCAGCCCUAUGAAGGAAUACCUAGGGACACCGAAUAUGACGUCAAGAACAUGGGGGAGCCUUCCCCUGGUCAGUCUAAACCACUUUCCACCCCUUUCCCAAAGUUCAAUCCGAGGGAUGUGGAGAUCUUCCUGAUCGAAGCUGAAACAUGGUUUGCAUUCAAUCGAGUCUAUGACCACAAGAGCAUGAUCCAUCACAUGGGGUCCCAGUUGGAAGGGAAUGCUUGCGAAUGGUGGACAUCCAAGAUACGAAUUGAUCACGACCAACAAGGGAGAUUGUUCCAUGACUGGCAUUAUUUCAGACAACGCUUGACCGAACAAUACAACCCCCGCAAUUCGAGAAUCGAAGCUUACAACAAGCUACUCAACAUGCAACUCACAACUGACACACCUGGUGCAGCUACUCGACAUGUUGAAUGGUUCAGGGACCUUGAAGGGCAAGUCAAUAUGGAGGACAGGGACUUGGUUAUUGACUUAUUCCGAAGUACCCUCACCCACGGUCUUCAGGAGAAGUUCAAGCGAAACCCACCUACAAGUAUUUGGGAAUGGUAUCAAGAGGUAGAGGACAUUGAUUGUCAACAAAUGGUGAUGCAACAUUCUGCCUCAAGAUAUCCCAGCAUACUUACAUCUCGCAUGAACCUGGUCGCACAAGCAACAACAACAGCAAUCCCACAGGCCCGACAACCUGGACCUGUAACUGCAGCCCAGAAGCCAAGGGAGGCUAACCCUCAGGACAGCAACACUUGUCACGUGUGCAGAGGCACAGGACAUUGGGCAAGGGAUUGUCCUACUAGAAAACCUCCCGUACCAAUGACAACCAGACCUAAUGGUCCAAAAGUCAUGGUGACCUUAGAAGAUGCCCCCGAGGGAGAAUCAACUCCUGAGGAGGAAAGCACGACUGAAGAAGAACUGCAAGAUGCAUAUUCAGUCAAGCAAGCCAGCCUCGAGCUCACUCAGUUAUCUCUCGCUGACGAGGCAGAGAGCGAUUAUGAGGAGGACGAGGAGGGAAAUGCAGUGCUCAAGUUAACGGGUAUGAUCCAAGAUCACCUGGCCCGAAUACUCACCGACACAGGUGCAGGCUUAUCCAUAGUUUCAGAAUCUUUCGUCAGCAAGUACCACUUAAACACAAAACCAACAAAAACACAAACUGUACAUGGUGUCACCAGACACAAACUUGCCAUUAACAGCUCUGCUACAGUGCAGGUAGUUAUUGGAAAACAUGUACUAGGGGCAGUGGAGGCAUCAGUAGCUGACACUGCUGAGUAUGACCUCAUUCUGGGUUUCUUGGAAUUGAAAAGGUUGAGACCAACGAUCCAGUGGGAUACUGGCCAACUCGAAUUCAAGACCCAAGCUCAGAAGGACCAACCAGAAGAGUCAGGAGCCCCAUGA